GCGAGUCGCACCCGGAGCCUGAUGGCUGAUGAUGAAGAGCAGCGGUAAUCUAAUUCCACAUCUUCCGUCUUCCCCUCCCCCUCCUACUCGUGCUAGCAGAACUAGUCGUCGGCUCGUCAUAGCGUCCCCCAGUUCCAAUCCUGUCUCCCUCCCAAGAAAACUAACAAGAAACGGAUCGCAAUCUCUUUGGGACAACACCGCGCCCUAGUUUCGGUGCAAAAGAUUCGAUCUUGAUGGUGGUUGGCCUUGUCUUCUGAGUUAGGUCAGGGCUUUGGACGGGAGACUCGCAUUGGAUCAGCACUGGGAGGACACGAUUCUGGAAAAUGUCGUCGGAUAUAAGGAAAUGGUUUAUGAAGCAACAUGACAAGGGGAAUGGGACUGCUUCCAAGCCUGCUGCAAAGCCUGCGUCGGCUGCUUCUGAGAAGCCGCCUUCACCUGUUUUAGACGAAUUGGUGCAAGGAGCUCAAGAGAAUUCAGGUAGAAGAAAAACAAGCAAAUACUUUGCAACUACCACUGCAACAGAAUCAGGCUCUAAACAAACAACAAAAGAUGGAAAGGUGACUCAAAAAUCACCUGCAAAGAGGAAGGCCCAAAAAAUUAGGGAGGAUUUUCAAGAUGAUGUUAAACCAGUGCCUGCAAAGAAGUUUCACAAGGAUGAAGAUGAUGACUUUGUGCCAUCCAAUGACAAGAAAAAGGCGGCCGAGGUCAAACCCUCCAAGAAAUUGAAAAGUGGAUCAGGUGGAGGAGUUUCAAAGAAUUCUGUUGAUAAGGAUGAUGAUGAUUAUGAUGAAGAUGAGCUUGAUGAUAAAUAUGUUGAGACUCCCAUUAAAGCUGGUGGGAGAGGCAGGGGUGGAAGAGGAGCAGGAGCAGCUGCAGGAGGAAGAGGCAGAGGUGGUGGGAGAGGUGGGUUCAUGAAUUUUGGUGAGAGGAAGGAUCCACCACACAAAGGAGAGAAGGAAGUUCCAGAAGGUGCUCCUGAAUGUUUAGCUGGUCUGACUUUUGUUAUAAGUGGGACACUUGACAGUUUGGAAAGGGAAGAAGCAGAAGAUCUAAUUAAGCACCAUGGUGGUCGGGUCACUGGAUCUGUCAGCAAAAGAACAAGUUUCCUUCUAGCUGAUGAAGACAUUGGUGGAAGGAAAUCUUCAAAAGCCAAAGAGUUGGGUAUCCCCUUUCUUACUGAGGAUGGAUUGUUUGACAUGAUCCGAAAAUCCAAGCCUGCAAAAGCACACGUGCAGGAAGAACAAAAGAAGAAGGUUGAGAAAUCACCAAUAAAGAGCACUCCACUUAAAGUUGAAGCAAAAGUAGAUCGAGUUGGUUCUGGAGGAAGAAAAGAUGCUGCAAAAAUUGUUAAGUCAGGCACCUCUCCUGGCAAGCCAAAAAUCCAAUCCACUGACCGCAGUUCAUUGACAUGGACCGAGAAAUACCGACCUAAAGUUCCAAAUGACAUCAUUGGCAACCAGUCACUUGUUAAGCAACUUCAUGAUUGGUUAAUCCACUGGAAUGAACAAUUUCUGCAUACUGACCAAAAGGGGAAGGGGAAAAAGCAGGCUGAUAGUGGAUCCAAAAAAGCUGUACUCUUAAGUGGAUCUCCUGGGAUUGGGAAAAGCACUUCAGCGAAGUUAGUUAGUCAGAUGCUUGGAUUUCAGGCUAUUGAGGUUAAUGCAAGUGAUAAUCGUGGCAAGGCAGAUACCAAAAUUGUUAAAGGAGUCGGUGGAAAUACAUCAAAUUCUAUCAAAGAACUUAUCAGCAAUGAAGCCCUAAGUUGUGGCAAGAACUGGUCAAAGCAUCCAAAAUCUGUACUAAUCAUGGAUGAGGUUGAUGGUAUGUCUGCUGGAGAUAGAGGUGGUGUUGCUGAUCUUAUUGCUAGUAUAAAAAUAUCUAAAAUCCCUAUCAUUUGCAUCUGCAAUGACCGCUACAGUCAGAAACUUAAGAGUCUUGUCAACUACUGCCUGCUGCUUAACUUCAGGAAGCCUACUAAACAGCAGAUGGCAAAGAGGUUGAAGCAGAUUGCAGAUGCUGAAGGUCUUCAAGUUAAUGAGAUUGCACUUGAAGAACUUGCAGACAGAGUGAAUGGAGAUAUGCGGAUGGCAAUAAAUCAGUUGCAGUACAUGAGCCUCUCGCAAUCAGUAAUCAAUUAUGAUGAUAUCAGACAGCGCCUUCUUAGUAGUUCAAAAGAUGAAGAUAUUUCACCUUUUACAGCCGUUGACAAGUUAUUUGGUUUCAAUGGUGGAAAAUUGCGUAUGGAUGAGAGGAUUGACUUGAGCAUGAGUGACCCUGACCUGGUCCCUCUUAUUAUUCAGGAAAAUUAUAUCAACUAUCGACCGUCUUCUAUUGGAAAGGAUGACAAUGGAGUCAAAAGAAUGAACUUGCUUGCCCGGGCUGCUGAGUCUAUUGGGGAUGGUGACAUAGUCAAUGUCCAAAUUAGAAGAUAUCGUCAAUGGCAGCUAUCCCAAGCUGGAUCAUUUGCCUCUUGCAUAAUUCCGGCUGCUUUGAUGCAUGGUCACAGGGAGACCCUUGAACCGGGAGAGCGAAACUAUAACAGAUUUGGUGGAUGGUUGGGAAAGAACUCAACAACGGGAAAGAACUUGAGGCUUUUGGAGGAUGUCCAUAUUCAUAUUCUUGCCUCCCAGGAAGCUAAUAUGAACAGGGAGACUUUGCGGGUGGAUUACUUUACUCUUCUGCUGAAACAGCUGACAGAUCCUCUGCGAGUGAUGCCCAAGGAGGAAGCUGUUCAGAAGGUUGUGGAGUUAAUGGACACUUAUUCCCUAAGUCAAGAGGAUUUUGAUACCAUUGUGGAGCUGUCCAAAUUCCGGGGCCACCCUAAUCCAAUGGAAGGAAUUCAACCAGCAGUUAAAGCCGCAUUAACCAAGGCAUAUAAGCAGGGGAGCAGCUCUCGUGUGGUGCGAGCAGCAGACUUGAUCACUCUUCCAGGCGUGAAGAAGGCUCCAAAAAAACGAAUAGCAGCAAUGCUGGAGCCAGUGGAGGGUGGUUUAGCUGAAGAAAAUGGAGAUGCUGUGGCAGAAGGUGAAGAAGAGGAUUCUUCUGAUUCAGAAGAUACUGAUGAUGUUGGAUCCAACACUAAUGGUGAGGCCAAGCCACAGCUGGAUCUCCUUGGCAAUAAACCUAAAGGAGUUCAAGUGGAGCUUGAUUUGAAAAGUAAUGGGAAAUCAAAAUCAGGUGCCAAGAAGAAGACCCCUGCAAGCAAAUCUCAGGGAUCCGAGUCUGCGGGGAAGGGGCCCCGAGGUUCAGGGGGUGGAAAGAGGAAGAGAUAAACUGGUUAACCCAAACAUAAAGUUGUUUGAAGAUCGUUUUUGGUGAGCCAUCCAUCCGUCAGGCCUCGAGUUUUAGGUGUAUAGCAGUGAUGGAUUAUGUUCCCCACAACCUUCGAGUUUGUUCUCUCACACUCUCUCCAGGUUGGGGGUCGUACGUUAUAUUUGCAUUAUGUCGUUUGGGAAUUUCUCAUUUGGCCUUUUCAAAUGAAAAUGAUUAAUGUUUUCCAAUG